CAAGAUCUUGUCAAAUGAUGCCAAAAGUGCUUUCUCAAAGUUGAUGUAUACUUUCCCGGAAGGUGGCUUAGGCCUCAAUUGAAGGUGAACUGAAACUUGUGCAGUAGGUUGGAGGCAGACGUAUACAAGCAAAAUCACUUUGUGCCACAUCAAUUUUGAUUUCCGCAGCAAUUCCGGACGAUUUCAAGCGCUUUCCAGCUCUCUCGCUUUUUGACCAUCCUUGUCGUCAUGGGCUCUGGUGCAUCCAAGGAAGUUACCGAUGCCAUUGCCGGCAAGUCCCCCGAAGAGAUUGCUGCAGCCUUGAAGGAAUUGCCCGCAGACCAUCUUGCCAAGAUUAAGGAUGCAUGCAUGGAGAAGAAACCAUGCCCCGGCCCUGUCGAUUGCAGCUCCAUCACGGUGGUUGCCAAAGACUACAAGGGUAUGCUAGAUCAGCCUUCGGCUCCAAAGUUCAAGGGGGCUUUGGCUCAGAUCUAUGUCCGAAGCCAGCCUUACGGAGGUUCAGACAAGAGCAACAAUGGCCAUCGGUACGAUUCCAUUCCCAUUGUGAAUGGAAUGAUCAACUCGGGAAUGAGCUGCCAAUUGAUUCAUUAUACUCAUGAAGAACAUGACAAGUUCUUCGAACUUUGCAAAAACUUUGACUUCGUCAUUGUGAGGUGCAACCCCGGGCAGAUCAAAGCGGAUGGUGGAGACCAGCAAAAGUUUGAUGACGGCAUGCGUGCCUUGAGAAAGGCGGGCAAACAGAUUUGGCCAUCCCCGGAUGUCAUGGAGAAGAUGGGUGCCAAGGAUGCUUUGUGCAAGGUGGCGACCAUGAACAUUGGUUUGGAAGACACUUUGGCAUACUACUCGCCUGAAGAGUUUGCCGCCGGCUUCAAGAAGACCAUGGCCUUCCAGCCGCGUGUGAUCAAACAGAAUCGAGGCUCUUCUGGGGAAGGUAUUUGGAUCAUCAAACUCAAGGACGAAAAUUAUUGUAAAUCUUAUGGCGAGAGGUCCUGCGAGGAUGGUGAGAAGCUCCUUCUCAUGGAGGCCAAUGACAAUCACGAGGAGGAGCACACCGUUGCAGAGUUUAUUGAGUUCUGCGUGAAUGGCCGCAACGACAAGUCUGGCACGUGGACCUCCAAGGGCGUUGGAAAGUACUUGGAGGGUGGCAAGGAAGCUGGUGGACAGUUGGUGGAUCAGCGCUUUUGCCCGCGCAUUGUGGAAGGUGAGUUGCGCUACAACCUCGUUGGUGAUUCCCUGAUCGGAGUCAUCCACAAGAAACCCAAGGAGGGAGGAAUCUCGGCUGUGGGUGGAACCGGCUCCAUCUACACCUUUUAUGGACCUGAUGAGCCACUUUUCAAAAGCUUGACCGAGAAUUUCUUGCAAAAGGACCUGCCCCACGUCAUGCCCUCGCUUGACUUGGCCGAAGAACCUUUGCCACUUUGGUGGACUACUGACUUCAUCAACGCCUCACCACCAGGAACCAAGGCUGAGGAUGAGAAAUGGAUCGUCGGCGAGUUCAAUUGCUCCUGCGUUGGCAUUUCGCGCUGCUUGGCCGCCUACUGCAAGGAUGACACCCCCAACGCCAACUGGGAUGAUAUCUCUGCGGAGGACAAGGCUGAGGCCAAGAGAAUGGGCGAUCUUAUGGGCGAGAAAGCUUUGAAGAUCCUCUCCAAGUGAGCAUGACAGCCAGUUAGCGGGCCACUGUUUCAUUUUGGCACUUGUGUUUCCAGAGGCAAGUUGUGAAAUAGACAGAACCACUGGAGAG